AUGAGGAUCAGCGCUUGCUUCCUGAUGCUCGAAAUUGUACCUCCAAAUUUGCCUGACACAAUGACAGUCAUACGCCCUGAAAACUCGGGUAACUGGACACUACAAAUAAAAUAUCCACAACCACGCGAUUCUGGCAUCUACGAAUGCCAAAUUAAUACCGAACCAAAGAUGUCGCUUUCAUACACAUUUAAUGUCAUUGAGCUUAAAGCGAACAUUAUCGGGCCCUCGGAUUUGUAUGUGAAAAGCGGCAGCGACAUAAAUCUGACGUGCCGCAUUAUGCAGGGGCCGCACGAGUUGGGCAACAUAUUUUGGUACAAAGGCAAUGAAAUCAUUGACAUGUCAGCGAAUCUAAAUGAGAUCGACAGCGGGACGCGAAUUAGCGUCGACAGCGAUUGGACAGAUGGAUUGACAUCAAGAUUGAAAAUACGUCGUGCCAUGCCCAGUGAUACUGGUAAUUACACGUGUGUGCCAACGAUAGCGAAGACAUCCUCGGUUUAUGUGCACGUCAUAAUAGGUGAGCAUCCUGCCGCAAUGCAACACAAUUCGAGCAGCAUGUACAGCGGCAAUUUCUAUUGUAGCAUUUGCUGCAUGCUCUUCACCAUUUUCACAUGCUGUUUGCAACAUUUCCUUGCAACAACAACAGCGACAGCAACGAUACUCACUGUGGCCACAAGGAGCGCCGCCAAAUGCAGCCGAAACAACAACAGCAGCAGCAGCAGCGGCGUCAGCUAUGUAGUACCAACGACAGAGCGUAAAGUAGCAACUAAUAACAGAUGCAAUAGUCGAAUAGAAAAAAGCAGCAAUAAUAAUUGCUGUCAAAGCCACAGCCGUUACGCUAGCCACAGCCGCAGCAGCAGCCGCAGUCUCAGCCUGAGAAGCAUUAGCAUUAGUGGCGUAACCUCAAGAAGUUCGCAUGCAACACGCGCUCUCAGUAAAAUUACGAGAUGAAGAUGAAGCUGUGGCUGAACACACACACAUCCAUACACGCACACACACACACAUGAACUCACACGUAAACACGCAAACUGAAGUAGUUGGCGCAACAGUUGAUGAGUGGGCAGGUGCAAAGCUGGCUGUGGUAUUUUGCAACGUUACACGCACCACCGGACGGAGCGCAUUGAGUCGUUAGCUGGUGAGGUGGGGAGGAGCUAAGGUGGCGAGACGAAUGUUCAGCAGGAAGUGAAAGCAUUAAAGUUUAAGCACUCAAACGCUGUAAAUGUUGCAGAUCAACGUCCUACGUUUCGUUCCGCUGCUAGAAACUUGCCGCAGCUUCAGCUGAAUCGACAAUUUGGUGGCACGCGCACGAAACAAAGCUCCAUACAUAACUAAAAACGAAGGCAAAAAAAGUGAUUGUUAAGAACUGGGAACAAUGCAAGCGAACGCACGAAAAUGGAGGAUACUUUGCAAGCAGCAUUUAGUGCCACACUGGCAUUGAAAGAAAACUGAGUAGUAGGCGGAGUUGCGCUGUUCCUUUAUGACCAGUUCACCGCCGAAUUGGGUGCGCGUGUGCCAGUAUUUUGCACAUUUCUUCAUUCGAUGAGAUCUGCGCCAAUUCACUUCUGGAAGUUGCAAUUUUUAAGGAAUUACUUAUACAUACACACCCACACCCACAAAUGAAAGGAACUACUGAUAAUAAGUUAAGUUGUAGAGAAACACACAC